GCCUUGCCCGCUGCUCAACUGCUUCCGGCAUGCGGCGGCGCGCCGUGCACCCGCCGCCAUGGCCCCCGGCUCCACCUCCUGCCGCUGCCGCCGCGGGCGUCAGCGUCGCGACGGUUCUCCCUCUCAUCGAGCGCGCCAUCUCCUCGCGCGAUUUCCGCUACCUCGGUCGCGCAGCGCACGCGCUCCUCGUCAAGACGGCGCUCACCCACCACACCCUCCUCUCCAACCGCCUCGUCGAGCUCUACGCCACGCUCCCAUCCCCGGCCGCCUCCCGAGCGGCCUUCGAAGACCUGCCACACAGGAAUGCGCACUCCUACAACAACCUCCUCGCGGCGCUCUCCCGCGGCUCGGCCACGCUCCCGGACGCCCUGCGCCUGCUCGACGCAAUGCCCGGUUCCUCCCGCAACGUCGUCUCCUACAACACCGUCAUCUCGGCCCUCGCGCGGCACGGACGGCAAGCGGAGGCGCUCCGCGUGUUCGCCCGGUUGGCCAGGGACAGGUGCUUGGGGCCGGUGGUGGCCGUCGACCGUUUUGCGGUGGUCAGCAUCGCGAGCGCGUGUGCUGGGAUCGGGGCUGUAAGACCGCUCCGAGAGAUGCAUGCCGCGGUAGUGGUGUCGGGGAUGGAGAUGACGGUCAUUAUGGCCAAUGCAAUGGUGGACGCCUACAGCAAGGCUGGGAGGAUGGAGGACGCCAGAAUGUUGUUCAAUCAGAUGAGCAUCCGGGACACGGUCUCUUGGACAUCAAUGAUAGCAGGGUACUGCCGUGCGAAGAACCUCGAUGAAGCAAUGCGGGUAUUUGACAUGAUGCCGGACCAGGACACGAUUGCAUGGACGGCACUCAUCUCUGGGCACGAGCAGAAUGGGGAGGAGGAUGCUGCUCUGGAACUUUUUCGACAGAUGCUGGGCAAGGGGAUGGCACCAACGCCGUUCGCUCUGGUGUCAUAUCUGGGCGCAUGUGCCAAGCUCGGGCUUGUUACACGAGGGAAGGAGGUGCAUGGCUUCAUCUUACGCCACUGCAUCGGUACAGACCCUUUCAACAUUUUCAUCCACAACGCCCUCAUUGACAUGUACUCCAAGUGCGGUGACAUGGUGACGGCCAUGGUAAUAUUCGAACGGAUGCGUGAGAGGGACUUUAUCUCUUGGAACUCCAUGGUGACAGGGUUCUCACACAAUGGCCAGGGAAAACAGUCGCUUGCCGUGUUCCAGAGGAUGCUUGAAGCUGAAGUACAGCCAACCUAUGUUACUUUCCUUGCUGUCCUGACGGCUUGCAGUCAUGCUGGUCUAGUCUCUGAUGGCCGUCGGAUCCUUGAAUCAAUGCAGUACCAUGGUGUUGAACCAAGGGCUGAACACUAUGCCUCAUUCGUAGAUGCUCUUGGUCGGAACCAUCAGCUGGAAGAAGCAAGCGAGCUCAUCAAAGACCUGUCAUCCAGGAUUGGUCCAGGUACAACUGGGUCAUGGGGAGCGCUCCUUGGUGCAUGCCGUGUUCACGGUAAUAUCGAGAUUGCAGAGAAAGUGGCGGAGUCCCUCUUCCAGUUGGAGCCUGGGAACAGUGGUCGUUAUGUCAUGUUGUCAAACAUUUAUGCAGCGGCAGGUCAGUGGGAUGAUGCCCGCCGUGUCAGGACCCUCAUGAAGGGGAAGGGUCUGAGGAAGGACCAAGCUUACAGUUGGAUCGAGGUGCGGAGUGCAAAACACAUGUUCACUGCUGAUGACACGUCCCACUGUGAGGCAAAUGAGAUAUACGGCAUGUUGGACAAGCUUUUUGAUCAUAUGAGGAUUGUGGUGGGUCCUGUCUAAAACCAGCUUGCACUGUGCUGAGGGCGGCAUACUGUCUUUCAAAACAUCACUGCAACAAGACUGCUGUAGGAAGCAUGCCAGGCAAGGUUUGCUGCUUUGCCUUCAGCUUCAGCAUCCUUGAAAUGGCGAAGUGUUCCAGUUUUUGUGGCAUGAUGCAGCAAAAGGGACUUUGGAGCCUAAUUUUUUUAUUGUGCUGCACUUGAGACAGCAAACCUCAGUCAAGAUGGCAAUGGAUAGUCAAAAUGUGGAUAUCCAUGGAUAUCCAGCCCAUGGAUCGCGGAUAUGGAGCGGGUUUUCGAUCCAUGGAUAUGGAUCUGGCCGACCCGUCCAGACCCGCCCCAUUGCCAUCCUGAAACCUCAGCAGGACCAGUAUGAUUUGUCCCAUUUUUGGGCCCUCCCUACUCACCGCUUCAGCAUGCCACCAAACAAGUCAAUUUUCCUGACGAACAAUUGCAGAAUGUUGCCCUGGUUACCUGUGGGUGGAGGGAGGCAUGCACUAUUACGCUUGCUCUGACAAGAAACAAAGUGUUUAUCAUGAGGAAGGCGUUCCAGUGGACAGCUUGGUCACAGUGUAGUAACCGGCAGCUCAUGAAGGAACCCGACGUGAUUGAUGCUGUAUGCGCAUUCCAUCUUUGUGAGGUCUGACAUAUCUGAAUGUUAUCAGCAAAAAUCUGGGUCUGGCCAUCUUCCCCAGUGAGAAUGGGAGCUCAUGUCUUCUAAAAGAAUACCAUCUCAUAGUGCCCUUUCAAGCGACAACAUUCGAUAAUUUUGUUGGAUUUUCCCUAACUAGUACGCACAGAGAAUGCCCACAUGCUCAUAUGUUUUUCUUUCACCCUCCUUACCUACAUUGGACGAAAAUUGUCCUGUGUAUUGUUGUACAUAGCACUGGUUUUAUUGUCUCUGUUAAAAGCCAGUACAUGAUACACCGUUUGACUCUUGUUGGUCAGUUUCUGGAAAAGAGCUUGAUGAUUGUGAUA